UUUUCAAGUCUUGACGGCAUCUAUUUUCAUUGAAAAUAGGGAAUAAGAAUGCAUCAGAUGGCACCAUUUCACGAUGAAAAAUGCUAUACUCCUCACUGUGGGAGGGAAGACGUUCCCCUCUUACACCACUCCCCACCCUUCCACCCCAGUCACUUUGUUCCCUUAUGCUUGGUCUCUUUGCUCAUUCGCAUGAUUCAGUGUCCCUUAUAUUUUUCUUAAGAGUUGGUUACCCGAGUGCAUGGCACAGCCAGAAAAUAAAAGAAAGAAAUAACAUUAAAACCCUUCCUUAGUUUGAUUAAAAUCAUAAACCUGAAUCUAUAGUGCUUUAAAAAAGUAGGUAAUGAAAACUCAAAUGUGGCUUAGUGGGUUGCACUCCCACCAAGUCAGAAUGUUGUAAGUUCAGGUCCCACUCUAGGGUGACAAAAAUAAACAGAGUAACUGCAACUAUAUAGUGACACAGUAGUGCCCCUCUGACAGUGCAGAACUCCCUCGGCACUACCUCUCCGGCAGUGUGAUGCUCCCUUGGCACUGCCCCUCUGACAGUGCAGCACUCCCUUGGCACUGACCCUCUGACAGUACAGCACUCACUUGGCACUGCCCUUCAACAGUGCAGCACUCUCUUGGCACUGACCCUCUGACAGUACAGCACUCACUUGGCACUGCCCUUCUAACUGUACAGCACUCCCUUGGCACUGCCCCUCUGAUAGUAAAGCACUCCCUUGGCACAGACCCUCUGACAGUACAGCACUUACUUGGCACUGCCCUUCUGACAGUGCUGCACUCCCUUGGCACUGACCCUCUAACAGUACAACACUCACUUGGCACUGCCCUUCUGACAGUGCAGCACUCCCUUGACACUGACCCUCUGACAGUACAGCACUCACUUGGCACUGCCCUCUAACAGUACAGUACUCCCUUGGUACUGCCCCUCUGACAGUAAAGCACUCCCUUGGCACUGCCCUUCUGACAGUGCAGCACUCCCUUGGCACUGACCCUCUGACAGUAUAGCACUCACUUGGCACUGCCCUCUAACAGUACAGCACUCCCUUGGUACUGCCCUUCUAACAGUACAGCACUCCCUUGGUACUGCCCUUCUAACUGUACAGCACUACUUGGCACUGCCCCUCUGAUAGUGAAGCACUCCCUUGGCACCCUCUGACAGUGCAGCACUCCCUUGAGACUGACCCUCUGACAGUGCAGCACUCCCUCGGUACUGCACAGUGUUGUGGACCCUGGACUUGAACCCAUGAUAGUUUGGCUCGAGCUGGGAGAGUUCUCAGCUGAUACUGCUCCCCCCACCCCCUCCUUGUAGUUGAUUCCUUCAGUGACCAAGUACAAUUUGCUCUCUUUUGGACUCUGGUAAAUUUCCAAGAAGAAAAACCUGAGGGGAAUAACACAAAACUCCAGGACAUUAAUCUAAACGUAAAUCCUAUUACAUACUCUUAACUGGUUGUGCUGGCAAAGUGAUCUUUUUAUAGCCCAAAGCGGUACAUACAGCAGUAGUUUUAACCCUCAAACUGACUGUCUGAUAGAUAUUAAUCAGGCUUUGUGUUUCAAACUGCAACAACUGCUUCUGCUGGCUGUCUGUUCAAUGUAUAAUUUGCCAGAUGCAAUGCUGAUCUUCACUAUGAUUUUAUGUUAACUGGCCCUGUCAGUUAUUUAUUAUCAUGAUAAAAGUCGAGAAGCUCAUAUCAAGAUAUCAACAUCUUGCAUACUGGUAAUUGGAAACACUGCACAUUUUGCCUCAGGAGCCUGAGUUUGAAUCCAACUCCAGAUCGUCAUGGCUUCUGGAAGAUCAGCUGCAUCCGUCAUGCGGGCUGUGCGAGUAGCUGAAUUUGGUGGGCCAGCAGUGCUCAAGUUACAUUCGGAUAUUCCUAUACCUAGCCCAAGUGAAAAUCAGGUUCUAAUCAGAGUCCAUGCUUGUGGUGUAAAUCCAGUUGAAACUUACAUGCGUUCCGGAUCCUACGCUCGGAAGCCAUCCUUGCCCUGGACACCUGGAAGUGAUGUAGCGGGAAUCGUCGAACAAGUGGGACAAUAUGUCAAUAAAUUUAAGAAAGGGGACCGUGUUUUUACGUGUGGAGCCAUCACUGGUGGAUAUGCGGAGUACACAGUUGCUUCAGAUGACAAUGUUUAUCCGUUGCCAGAUAAUCUUAGCUACAAGGAGGGAUCGGCUAUUGGAAUUCCUUACUUCACUGCAUACCGAGCGCUCAUACACAAAGCCCAUGUGAAGGCUGCAGAAACUAUUCUGGUUCAUGGAGCAAGCGGAGGGGUUGGGAUAGCAGCCUGCCAGAUUGCCAGAGCCUAUGGCCUGAAGGUGCUUGGUACAGCCGGGACUCAGGAAGGACUCUGUCUCGUUCAAAAGAAUGGAGCUCACAAGACUUUCAAUCACAGGGAGCCUGGCUACGUUGAUAAGAUCAAGGAUUAUACAGCUGGUCAAGGAGUAAAUGUGAUCAUUGAAAUGUUGUCCAAUGUGAAUCUGAGCAAUGAUCUACAACUGCUUUCAAAUGGUGGGCGUGUGAUCAUUGUAGGCUGCAGAGGUUCAAUUGAGAUAAAUCCCAGGGAUACCAUGGCUAAGGAGUCCAGCAUCAUUGGGGUUGCAUUAGCUACUGCAACUAAGGAGGAUCGGCUGGAGUCGGCAGCUGCGCUCCUCGGAGGAAUGGAAGUGGGCUGGCUGAAGCCUGUGGUGGGGCCAGAAUACCCACUGGAGAAGGUGGCGCAGGCUCACGAGGACAUCGUUAAGGGGUCUGGAGCAGCAGGCAAAAUGAUCCUGACAAUAUAAUGCAUCAGCCCUACGCAAAGAACAUCGCUGCCCAGUAAGCUUCAGGUCACACCUGUACAAAUUAAAAGUGGAUCCUUUAAUAUUUCAGACUACUGGGCUAAGGUGUUUUUGGGGUGGAUGUGGGGUGGGUGAUUGGGGUUGGGGAGUGAGUUGUGUUUGAGUACUCCCAUUCUACCACAUGUCAUGAUUGUACCCCCAUUUGCACUUAAUUCAGGCAAAAGAAUGAACAAUAAUGAUUGAUUUUAGCUUUAUUGCUCUGACCAUCAUGCUCUGGGGCACAGUUGAUGGAGGUGCCAGUCUUCUUUUGCUCCAUCAGUUUUGUGUGUUUAUAACUCAGUCUGCCUAAAAUUUAGAAAACAACGAAUCAGGAGACAAAAGGGAAAUUGCAGUGGUUUCUGACUGUGGGUUGGACACUGCUGCAAGCUUCCUCCUCCCUUUUUUGAAACACGGUAGUUUUCCACCUUUUAGCGCCUCAUUAAAAUGACGGGUGACAAUUGCUGAUGAGCAUGGGCAAGUCUUGGCACAGUAAGUGCCGUGACAUCAAUUCCUACAUCAGCACAUUCACAAAGUCAAACACACAAAGUUAACUGCCAAAUCUCAGUUAAGUAAACAAUUGUUCUCAAUGCCCCUGAAUACAUCUCACUUGGUGGCUGUUGUGCCUGUGCAUGGAUGGGUGGUCUGAUCUAUGCUGUUACAAGGAUUGGUCCCAGCUGCUUCUUGUUUUUCACAUACAAUCAUACAACUGGUGGCCCAUCUACCUAUGACAGGGUCAAGAAUGGAAUGUAUUGACUUUCUAUUAUGUGAGUCAACAGAGGUGUUCAAAAUAAUGAAGCAUUUUGAUAAAGAGGAGAGAAACUGUUUCAAGUAGCAGGAGGGUUGGUAACCAGAGAGACACAGCUUAAAAUAAUUGACAAAAGAACUAGAAGGGUAGAUGAGAUUUUUUUUUAAAUGCAGUGAGUUGUUAGAAUCUGGAACAUGCUCCUUGAAAGCGGUAUGGAAGGAAGCAUAUUUAAUAGUGAUUUUUAAAAUGGAAUUGGGUAAAUAAUUAAAAAGGAAACAUUUGCAGAGCUAUGGGUAAAGAACAGAGGAAUGGGAUUAAUUGGAUAGCUCCGCUAAAAAGCCAGCACAGGCACUGUAGCCUCUGUUUUCAAAAAGUUCAAUUCGGACUUCCAGCCGGUGGAUUAAAAAUCUUUAUUUGAUGUGAAGCACAUUUCUGUGACACCAUCUUGCAAAGUGUGACUUUAAGCAAAUGCACAUGAAGCAAAUCAGAUCUUCCCAUAAUGUAUAAACUGGAGUUAGGCUCUUGUGGACAUUUCUCAACAAAGAAAAAAAAAAGUAGGGUGAAACACUGUACAUUACAGUACAUCCCUAAAUGAAAUAACUUUUAAAAUAAAAUAUAUUUCUAAAUAUAAAAGAAAUAUAAACUCAAAUAAGAUAACAUUCACCAGUGAUGGGUUGUGAAGCUUGUUUGUAGAGGUGGGGUGGACGAAGGGGCAGAAUGGUCAAUAACCUUAAAAAAAAUUAUCCAAAAACUGUUGGACAAUUUAUUUUCCCCUAUUAGUAAAGCUCCUUAUAGUAGUUAAUGUCAGCAUUAAUUGUCCAAUUCACUUUGGGAUGGCUCGUUCUCUGGCAUUAAAACUAUCAGACUCACUACCACCACUUAUUGGGUUUUCUUGACUCAUGUUUAUAAGGGAGGUAAUCACUAAAUCAUAGUAAAAGGUUAUUGAUUGCAUAUUUAAAACAACAUCAAAAUAGCGUAAUGAGACUAAUACUGAGGAGAAAUGCUGGGGACUCUGUUGUGAUAUAACUGUGCAGCAUGUACACCCACCACUACAGCCACACAACACAAAGUAGUAAUACUGAGGAGAAAUGCUGGGGACUCUGUUGUGAUAUAACUGUGCAGCAUGUACACCCACCGCUACAGCCACACAACACAAAGUAGUAAUACUGAGGAGAAAUGCUGGGGACUCUGUUGUGAUAUAACUGUGCAGCAUGUACACCCACCGCUACAGCCACACAACACAAAGUAGUUUGCUAUGGCCUGUUGGUAAACAACAUUAAAGUGAAUGUUGUGAUGUUAAAAGGAUAUGUGUUCCCAAUUGUAUCAGCAGUUUUAUAAUGAAACAGUAUUGACCAAAUCAAUGUUAAGUGAGGAAUUACUGUACUGUACUCAGUUUCACCUUUACCAAUCUCUCUCUCUUGACAUCUCUCAUUCACUGUACUCACCUUUCUCUCUGCUUUAUCUACCCCCCACACUGAAGUUCCUGGUCUCCUGCUCCUCUCUCUUGGAAAUCUAGUCCUUGCCAGUUCACAUUUGUGGUAGUGAUGGCACAGUCAGCAGGCAUUGAAAUAAAAUGGAGUAUUUUAUGUAGCUCACAUUAAUUGCAAAUAUGAGAUUGUAUGGCCUUGUGAAUGAUUUUCAAUUUCUUGAUUGUUAUUUAAUAAAAGUGUAAAUUUAAAAAAAA